UCACUCCGUGACAUGCGCCAGACAUGGAUACUCGACAUCCCCCAAACCCCACAACAGCAUAAAAGGAUCCUUUAUAAUUUCUUUCUCAACCGUAACAAUUGCUUGUUUUUUUAUAUUAUCAUUAUUGAAUUUGUGGAAUGAGCCUCUAUCUCAACUUGCCUAAUCUGUACUAUUGCUAAAAAGACUUGUUGGCUGGCUCCUCUACUGCUUCCACUUUCGUGCAUAUUUCCAGCUCUUCAAAGUUCAUAUUCAAGGCUAUGAAUCAAGGGUGUUUGGUCCUCAAGUACGAUCGCUGCGAGCAACAAGCAUUUACUUUGUGACGUUCCAUCGCUGCCUGCCUUACUUAGUACGUUUAGAAUUGAUAGGAAAGUAAUCAUCGGAAUGAUUCCAUCUUAUUACCUUCCUUUUCUCAAGGAUUUGGUAGCUGGCCAGAUUUUCUGCUGAUUUUGAGUACUACUUUUGGUUAGGACCUCGGUGAAUUUUCCAGCCAGCUUACCCACCUGUCCUUUCCGAGCUAAAUAUCAGCAGGAGGUUACAUUGCCAUUUCAACCACCAAAAAGCUCUUGUUUCUUCUGUGAAUACAACUUAAUGAAGUAUCAGGCUGGCAGUUGGCCUUACCCUUCUUCAGUUCCUUUUCAUUAGCAGAGGGCAUAUUUCAAUUUUCCCUAGCAUCUUCUUUGCGCUGCAUCUAUUUCUCUGCGCUGCCUCUCCUGACUAAAGAUAUAACUCUAGGCAAACAUGAAUAACUCUCCAAUGUACCAAAACUACGAGGCAAGCGAGCAUGGUGCUUACGAGUUUGAUCCUCAAGUUGACUUUACACAGUUCUUGGAAGAAGCAAGACAACAUGCAAGAGAAAUGAAUCUGCAGUCAAUUUUACCACAUCCAGAAUCUGGAAAAGAAAGAGUGGAAGUAGAGAAAAAGAACAGGAGGUCCUGGAAACACUCUCUCCUCAAAUGGUGGAAUGCUGAGAAAAAGACCAAGCCUAUCGUAGAAGCAACAAAUAGCUCUAACAUUUCAAAUCCAAGAAAGGGUCAUGUUUCCGGUCCUAUAUAUGGAAGUGGCAGAGGAGUUGAAAUCAGGUAUCGGCGACAAACAUCUGGGCCGCUGACUAAUCUUUUCAACCGUUCCAAGAGCGUGGAGAACGAGAACCGUUAUGUGUGUCUUGACCAACUUAACAAUCCCCAAGGUGUCAAGGCCUAUGGACCUGUUUACCUGGUAACUUAGCAUUUCGGCGACAAAAGCUUUGCACUGAAACUUCUUCACUUUCCGUAGUGAAGUAGCUCUUGGUCGAAGGAUGGUGACACUAAGUGUAUUUGAUCAUUCGGAGAGGCAUAAACAACUAAUAUCUGGAAUCCAAGUAAUCAGCUUUAAUUUGUGUACAGUAGAUUAUUUAUAAUAGAAAGAGAUCGAGACCAGGACAACUUGUUAGUUUUAUUCUAUUAUCUGUCUCCUUCUUUUUGCUUGCUUGUUUUUUUAGUCAAGACUGUGCAACCCAGACAACUAUUAAAGUAAAAAACUAUUCCAAGUAGCCAAUUGAGCUUUCUGCCUUGUA